CUUUGGCCACUGCAUUCCAGGCAUCGCUUGUCUUUUUCCUUUUACGCUGCACCAUGGCCACCUUGCUUAUUGACAAUUACGACAGCUUUACUUACAACGUCUACCAAUACUUAUGCUCUCAGGGUGCCGAAGUGGUGGUUUAUCGUAACGAUAAGAUCACCGUGCAAGAGAUCGAAAAGUUGAAUCCACGCAACAUCGUCAUUUCUCCAGGUCCAGGACAUCCUUCCAGCGAUGCCGGCGUUUCGCGCGACGUGAUUGCUCAUUUUGCAGGCAAACUUCCCAUUCUCGGUAUUUGCAUGGGCGAACAAUGUAUUUUCGAAGUGUUCGGUGGCACGGUUUCGUAUGCCGGCGAUAUCUUGCACGGCAAGACUUCCACUAUCAAGCAUGACAGUCGCGGUAUUUUCAAGAACGUGCCUCAAGAUAAUCAAGUGACGCGCUACCAUUCCCUUGCUGGUAUGCCCAAGACUUUACCUGAUGCUUUGGAAAUCACCGCAACCACCGACGAUGGUGUCAUUAUGGGUAUCCGUCACAAGGAGUACACCAUUGAAGGUCUUCAAUUCCACCCCGAAAGCAUUCUUUGCGAACAUGGUCAUACUAUGAUUGCCAAUUUCUUGUCGCUCACUGGCGGUCACUGGGAGGAGAACCCCAGCGCUGGUGUUUUACCCAAGAAAUUGCGCGAAAGUACUUCAGACAAGAGCAACAAGUCAGCCACUCCAUCAGCUCAGUCGAGCCCUGUUCCCUCGCAACCGGCUGGUGGUGUUCCCUCCAUUCUGUCUCGUAUUCAUACGCAACGUCUCCAGGAUAUUCAGGCCGCCAAGGAAACUCCUGGCCAAUCGCAAGCUGACCUCGAGAAACUAUUGGCUAUGCACGUCGCUCCUCCGCUCAAGGAUUUCGUUGCCCGUCUGCGUCAGUCCAAGCCUGCUCUGAUGGCCGAAGUGAAGCGUGCUUCGCCGUCCAAGGGCAACAUUGACAUUAGCGCCAACGCUGCCGAACAGGCAUUGAAGUAUGCUUUAGCCGGUGCCAGCGUGAUCUCUGUGCUGACCGAACCCAAAUGGUUCCGUGGUUCCUUGAACGAUAUGCGCCAAGUCCGUGAAGCUUUGAGCACCUUGACCAAUCGACCAUGUAUUCUGCGCAAAGAUUUUAUUGUGGAUCGAUACCAAAUUCUGGAAGCGCGAGUCUACGGUGCGGAUACUGUUUUGCUGAUUGUGGCCAUGUUAUCCGACGAACUUCUUCGGGAUCUCUACAGUUACGCCAAGUCGCUGGGUAUGGAACCUUUGGUCGAAGUCAACAAUGUUGAGGAAAUGGCACGAGCAAAUGCCAUUGGUGCCAAAGUCAUUGGUGUGAAUAACCGCAACCUUCACAACUUUGAUGUGGAUAUGGAAACCACUUCCCGUUUGGCGGAAAUGGUCCCCGAAGAAACCAUUCUGUGCGCUUUAUCCGGUAUUGCUUCUCGUGCUGAUGUGGAGACCUACGUGUCGCAAGGCGUGAGUGCCGUUCUUGUGGGUGAAGCCCUGAUGCGAGCUUGGAAUCUCAAAGAUUUCGUGGCCGAAUUACUCGGCCAUUCAAGACGUGACCCUGCAGCUAAUACCUCGAUACCCAAGACACCCCUGGUUAAAAUCUGCGGUAUUUCUUCUGUGGAGGCCGCCGUGGAAGCCGCGCGUGCCGGUGCUGAUCUUAUUGGAAUGAUUUUUGCCGAAAAAUCAAGAAGACAAGUAACGAUUGAAACGGCGAGUGGGAUUGUAAAGGCCAUACGAGCACUGGAUUUGCCCCGUGGUGAAAUCAAGGGUGCGACGGAUCAGGAUCAGGCUCCUUCCGACUGGUUUGAGUUGCAAUGUUCGCUCAUCGAGAAGCGACCGAGAAAACCAUUGGUAGUCGGUGUCUUUGUGAAUCAAUCUGUGGAAUAUAUGACCGAGGUGGCCAUCACUGUAGGAUUGGAUCUGAUCCAACUGCACGGUACCGAAUCAUCGGAAUUGGCAAGAUUUUUACCUGUUCCGGUCAUCAAGGCGUUCCACAUGGAUUCCGCAACGUACAGCUCCUCUCAGAUUCCCAACUUGACCCACCCUGGUAACCAUCAUUUCGUACUUCUGGAUGCCAAGGUCCCGAAUUUACCAGCUGAUCAACAAGGCGGACAAGGUGUCAGAUUCGAUUGGACUAUUGCGCGCGACGUGGUGCACCACAAGCGUCCCGCUCAUUCUGCGAUGUACGAUUUCCCUAUCAUAUUGGCGGGUGGUCUAGAUACCUCGAAUGUUGCGGAAGCGGUUCACCAAGUCAAGCCUUGGGCGGUGGACGUCUCCUCGGGUGUGGAAACGGAUGGCAAAAAGGAUUGUCAAAAGAUCCGCGACUUUGUUCAUAAAGCAAAAUCAGUUAUUGUACAAUAGAGUUACCACGUUAUUUCCACUCGAAUAAAAUGAACCAGAAAAGGUGGAUCCGACGUGAUUGUGCAAAACAUCUAUGUGAUCUUUUUGUGUGAUCUUGUUGUGUGACCUCUUAAUAUUGUGUAAUUUGGAGGCAUUUAUUCUCAUACUUACUUUAGCGACCAUUCUGUAAGACAAUGGUAAUGCAAAAAAUUCUCUUUUA